GUGCGUAUACUGCCACCGGACGAGUGAAAGUAUUAGCACAUUGGAGGUUUUGGCAAGUCACACAUGGAUGUGGACACUCGAUUCCAUGACUGAGCAUCAGUUUAUUCUAUCGCCCACACAGGCGGAGGAGGAAACGUGCUGGAUCAGUGAGAGGAGAGAGGGAGAGCAAGAAAACAGGACAGAUAAAAAUUGUAAAUUCAAAUCAACCUCUAGGGAGAUAGAAGCAUCUACAAUACAAUUCCCGUGGCAGAAAUACAUUACGUUUGCACUGUCUUGAGAAUUUUCUAAACAUUUAAAGCACCGGAGCAGCCCCAUUGUGUGUGUUUGAGAGUAAGAAUUAAGAUCAGGAAAGGAAAUUAAGAUUUCAGAAAGGGGCCAGCAUGCUAUUGAGACUAAUAAAUCUGACUGUAAGGCUAGCUGCCUUCUUUAUUCUGGUUGUAGUAACAUCUGUAAUGAGUGAGGCUUGCCUUAUGAUCAGUGAGGUAAACGCGGAUAACCCCAGACUUGACACCACAGAGUUUGUAGAACUGUACCACACAAGUGGCCAGAGAACUUCUUUAGAUGGCUACACCUUGGUCUUCUACAACGGUAAUGGAAACAUUGCCUACAAAGUGUUGGACCUUAAAGGCUACACCACAGAUGACAGGGGCUACUUUCUGGUGGGCUCCAUUGACGUUCAGCCCAAGCCUGCCAUCCUCUUGCCCCCCAACACGAUCCAGAAUGGCCCGGACGCCAUCGUGCUCUACCACUCCAGUGAGGACAACGGGAAGUACAACGAGAAGAUGGACGUGACGGCCGCCGGCUUGGUGGACGCCAUCGUGUACACAACGCGCCGCUCGGGGGACGCAGAGUUUCUGGCGAGGACCCUGACCCCGGGGUCCCCGGCCUUUGUGGAGGACGAGUCUAUCCAUGAGGGCGACGAGUCGAUCGAGCGCUGCUGGCUGUCUGUGGCCACCUGGACCUUCCAGGUGGCUCCGCCGUCCCCUGGCCAGCGCAACCGCUGCUCCCCGCCCAGGGGCCCGGACCCACGCAUCAGCGAGCUGCGGCUCGGAGGGGAGCCGUCGGAGGUCUUCGUGGAGCUGACUGUUCCCCAGUCGACUGACCCGCUGGUGCUGGUGCUGCUGGACGGGCGGACGGACACGGUCAGCUUCAGCAUGGAGAUCAAACCGGCCAAGGAUGGGCUGGUCCUCAUCUCUUCUGGAAAGAGCGGAGGCGACGUUGUGUUAACGCCUGGUGACCACUCGGUGUUGGCACCACGGGCCACGUCCUCGGGUGCCGUGGUGUUGUACAGCAGAAACACUGACGACUUCCCUGUGGGCAGCCCACUCAGUCCCCAGCAGCCACUCGACGCCUUUGUGUACUCCAGCCCUGACGCCGUGGCCAGCGACAACCUCACGGAGGCUCUCAUCCCUGGCAGAGGGGCCUUCCGUCUCCACCCCAGGUUGGAGGAAGGGGGUUUGACCCUUAGCCGUUGUGGCACUGCCGACUGGAACAGAGACCCUGGGGUUUUCAUUGAAGUUCAGCAGACUCCAGGACGGCCCAAUCAGUGCUCGUGGCCAGCAACUUGCCCUCAUAAUGUUUUCAUUCCGGAGGCCACUGCCACGCCUCUCUACCCCCCUGACUGGGACCCGUACAUCCAGAACGACUUUGUGCUGAGCGAGGUGAACGCGGACACUCCUGGUGCAGGAGAGGACAUGGAGUUCAUCGAGAUCUGGCACCCUUCAGGGAGGCGCAUGUCUCUGGAGGGAGUGUGGCUGCUGCUCUUUAACGGCCACAACAGCAAGCCCUACUGGAAGACCAGCCUCACCGGCCACUUCACCAACGCUCAGGGCUACUUCCUCCUGGGCAGUGAUAAGGUCACCCCCACCCCCUCCAUAUCGCUGCCCCCCAACACCGUUCAGAACGGGCCCGACGCCGUGGCCCUUUACCGCAGCCCCUAUGGGUCCCCCUUAGCCACGGAGGCCACAAUCCCCACCCGAGGCCUGCUGGACGCCAUCGUUUACCGCCAACUGGGCUCCGACAAGGAGGCGCCGGACCUGAGCAACGCCUUCAUCCCUGGCCAGAUCCCCCUGCUGGAGGACCCCACCUUCCUCCAAGGGGACGAGACCCUCAGCCGGUGCAACAGCCUACAGCCCGCCAACAUGUCGGCUUUCGUGGUGACAUCACCAACCCCCCUGAGGAAGAAUGUCUGUCCCCAGCCUCCCACGCUGGCCCCUCCCCCCGAAGGUGUCGUCAUCAACGAGGUGGGCAGUGCCCAGUGGACCAAUGGCAGUCGGCAGGAGAGCUUUGUUGAGCUGUUUGCUGCACCGCUUACUGGGCUACAGAGCCUGGUGUUGGUUGUUUUUGAGCAGGGGUACAGCAGGGCCACCAUGGCACUUCCUCUGACAGGGAAGACUGACCAAGAUGGAUACUAUGUCAUCGGGAACAUCACUGGAGCUGACCAGGCCUUACCACUGGGGUUCAGCGGCACAGGAGUGCCGGCCCGCGGAGCGGUGGCGCUGUGUCACGGCACCGCUGGGUCCUGCGCAGCCGAGAGGGCGCCGUCGAGCCGCGCUUUCAUAGACACCGUGGUGUUCAGCGAGGACUCGCGCCUGCUAAGCACGUUGGCGGCCAGCAGAGGGCAGCAAGUCACGCCCGGUCUCAGGUCGGUGAUGGGGCCAGCGUCCCUCAGCCGCUGUGCCUGCUGUGACCAGAGGAGUCCCCAGGCCUGGACCACCUCCAGCCAGACUCCACGGCACCCCAACCUCUGCCCCAGCGCCACCUUCUCCAGCAACGUCGACCUCUGCCUUGGGCCCCCCACCAGCGACACCGAGCAGCGCCUGCCAAACUGUAGUGGAUGGAGGCAGGGAGCUGGCAGCAGGCAGGAGAUGGAGGUAGCACUGUACCUGGAGGAUCAGUGUCACUGCGGGAUAUCUGCCCUUAACCUAGUAGGGGCGAACUUCUCCUGCGUGGCUGGCUGGCUGCGAGUGUACGGAAUCAUCCGGGCUCUGUCCAACCACCAGCGGGAUCUGAUCGAGCAGACGUCCCACACGCAGAGCACCCGCAUGCUGGCAGGCUCCUGCUCCAGUUCCAUGUCUGGCAAGUCUGUGGGCACGAAGUCUGGAUUGGUCUGGCAAAUCGGUCUGGCAGUGGUUGUGCUGUUGCUGUUGGUGUUGGGCUUGGCCCUGUUAACGUACUUCUACAGACGGAGGCGUCCACAGAACUAUUUCUCAAUGGAGCUGAGUGAACACACAGAGGGGCCUGGGGAAAUCUAGCCCUGCCUGAGUACCUGCUCUGUUCCAGGCCUACAGCCCUUCUGCAGUGGUUCUUUGGCCAGUGGGCACUGGGCAUGGAGUAGUCCUACUGGCAGAGGAGGAUGGAGAGGGAAGAUGGUGGUCAUGGCUUUUCCCUGUGCAACUGCAACCCCGCUUUCGUCUCCUCUUAUGUCACAGUCAGUGUUGCACUCCGCGUAGUGUCGUCGUGUUUUUAAAGAUGCUGAAGAUGCUGCUUUAAAGCUGGUACUAUUUUAUUUUGUAUUUUUGUGGAAACGUUCAUCUCUCUUUGGUAUUUGACGCAUUCGGUAAACAAUCAGGUACUGUUACUGUUUAAAAUUCAGUUCAGUUGUAAUCUAACUCCCAUCUUGUUAUUUAGAAGCUUAGAUAUGGGUUUUGUAUAGAAGUGAAAAGAAGAGCAGGUUCAAAAUUAAAUGUUCAUUGAAGGGUAUGUAUUUUUUGUAAAGUGAAUAUUGUACAUAGAUUUCUUAUUUUUAAAGGGCUCUCAUAAAUGCACUGUGAUAAGGUUUUCUGCAUUGUUGCAGUUUGACAGCAUUACAUUUUAUGAUUGGUAAAAGAACUACAGUAUUUUGAAAUGACAAAUCCUCCUAUUGAAACUCAUAUACAAUACACAUUAUAUUACAGACCUUUUCCUGAGGCUUAUCCAGAGCAACAGAUUUGUUUUUGCAUAGUAUUAAUUUAUACAGCUGGAUUCGUACUGAAACAAUGCAGGAUAAGUACCUUGCUCAACGGUACAACGGCAGUGUCCUCUCUGGGAAUCAAACCUGCAAGGCCAGUGCCUUAACCAUAAUAUGCUGCUUUAACAAUACACAAAUUGCAGUCCAUUGUAAGGAUGUAAACUAAAGGUACCUUAAUUUAAUCAUUUUUUAAUAAGUGUGACACACUUGUUAUGAACUUUACCAUUUACUUCAGAUGUGGUAUCUUCCCCUUUUGGACUGAACUGUGUGCUUUUGUUCUAUCCCAGUACUAAAACACCUGAUUCAAGUAAUCAUCGUCUUCAGUCAAGAAUUACUUCAUUAGUUGAGAUGAGUCUGAUGAUUUCAGAUGAUUCCGUCCUGGUCUAAAACAAAAACAAGCACCUGCCCUGGCUCUUUUCACACAAAAUAAGACACGCCUGGCAGAUCUCAAACUGCAUGUGCAGUAAACAAUCAUAAACUAUCAUUUUUUCACCCUUACUAACGCAUCUUCAGCAUCAGCAAGUGUUUGUGUUGCUAAUACAGAAUAAGAGUGAGUAAGAGGUGCUAAUAACAGGGCAGCUGAAUCAUGAGUCUUGGUCAUUAGCCCUGGCCACCCACAAGGCUUAACCUGUAAUGAUUAAAGCAGAGGUUAUCCUUUUGAGACAUUUACUUUGUGCACUAUGAACCAACGCCCUUAACUGCAUUCCAGUGUGAAGCACCAUAUGUAUGCAUUCCUAUUUUUGUGGUAGAUUGAGCCUAUUCCUGGAUGAACUGGGAGCAGAAAUUUAAAAAAAGAUACAUUGGGAACACAAUUUUCUCCUUUUCAGAUUUUUUUUAAACAACGAGUUAAUGUGUUGUAUUUAACCCUGUAAGACAUUUCUCUCCCACGAAGCAUAGUUGAAUUUAUUUACAGUGUUGCUUCUGCAAACCAUUUCAGCUGUAGCUGUGUGCUGUUACAAUAACUACUCAUAAGCACUAUACAUUCCUUAAAUAUCAUUGCUGUGUACUAUACACUAUGGGCCUGAUUUACUAAGACCUUACUACAACCAUUUAGCAUGAUGAAUCAUUGGUCUUGUUCCUGGUUUUGCAUAUGCUAAAAGGUUUUGCUAAAGGUAUUUAGGCCUUGUGUACACAAUUAUCUUGUACUAUUCUGGUGUGAAGGAUAGGUAUACCCUAUUUUCAUUGGGUAUACCAGCCACUUGUGCAGGUUGGUAGCUGUACAAACCUUUAGCCAAGUCCCUCAUAGUCCUUCAUGGUAUGUUCCAUGACCUGCAAACUCGGGAAUUUCUCCUGACUUAUUGUAGUCAGAACAUAUUUUUCUUUUUAAUAUGUAAUUCUUUGCACACAGAAUUGAAAAACAAUCUGAAUUUGAAAAAAAUGUUACAUAUUGAUGAAUUCAUAUGAAAGAUACAGUUGGAGAUUAUAUGCCUUGUUUAGAAUUUAGAUAAACAUAUGUUAUUUCAUUAUUCUGGAACUGUACUGUCUAUUGAAUGAGGAACUUAAAAUGUUUUAGCAAGAGUAAAACAACGGUAAUUCUAGCUUAUGGAGCUGUUUUAAGUCACUAGUUAUGUUCUCUAGUAGAGAUGGUAUUUUUUACUGACUGAGAUCAUAUAUGUUCAUACCACCACACAAGGCCAUACAAGAAUGAUUUAUUCAUUGAAAUGAAAUGCAAUUUCUUAGCGAUGUUCUCUUAUUACAUAAUCAUGAAGAAAGAUUUUAUUUUUCAAAUAAAAUGAUAUUUCCCAAAA